AUGAGGAANAGUCUACUUAAUGAUGAAAAUUUUGUACUUUUAAUCAACCAAAGUGUUCCGCUUUGGCUAGAUGAGUUUAAAGAGGUAAUCGACAAAAGAGUAUUAUGGGAUUUGAUUAAGUACAGGAUAAGACAGGUAACGAUAAAUUAUAGCAAGGAAAACGCUCGACAAAGAAGGCAAAAGAUAUCUGAUAUUGAAAACUCUCGCAAAGUCUUGGAGGAAAAGUGCGGUAAUAACCCUACUACCGAGAAUAUUGAACAACUUGAAAUUUUGAAAUUGGAACAUGAAAAUAUUUAUGAGGAAUUUUCAAAGGGAGCAAUCAUUCGCUCGAAGGCAACUUGGUAUGAAAAGGGAGAGAAAAGUAACAAAUAUUUCCUCAAUCUAGAAUCUCAUCAGAAGGCUAAAAGUUCAGUUCGUAAGGUUUUU